AUGCAAGGAGUGAAACAUCGCACCAAGGCAUCCCACCGUGCCUGGGGAAAAGUCAUCCCUUUUGCGUCUUUCGCUUGCAUGUUCCUCGUCACUGUCGUCAUAAGGUGUACCGGAAUGCUGUAUGUCAGCUGGCAAAAUGCUUUUGAGUCCACGGCGGCACAGACUGGGGCCAUCUCCAGCGUGACGUCAUCCACCUUGUAUUUUUCAUCUCUACUGGCAGGUGUAAUUUGCAAUCGCUACGGAUACCGCGUCACCUGUAGCCUUGGAGGGCUUCUUACAUUCUUUCCUCUCUUGAUGAGCUUCUGGGUGUCGAAUCUGUGGGGAAUGUACAGCAUAGCAGCGCUGAUAGGUGUGGGUACCUCCUUAUGCAACAUCGCUAACAAUGCCAUUCUUGCGGAUUAUUACGAGAAGUACUUCCCAAUAAUAAGCAGUAUUUCCAUGAGCGGUGUCGGCAUCAACAUGAUUGCGUUCCCGCCACUUUUACGCGUACUCCUCGAUACUUACGGAUGGCGGGGAGCCAUGCUUGUAACAUCUGCAAUAUGCGCAAAUCUAUGUGUGGUCGGCGCACUGUAUCGUCCCUACAGUUACACACCAAGGACUCCACGAUUUGAAGGCGCAGCUGUUCACACGGACGUCAGUCCGACCACAGAUGGGAAUUCAAACGGUAUUCAAAAUGGCUCAAGAGGUAUAUAUGACAUCACGGGGAACUUCAGCACCGUGUUCUACGUACUGACUGGUCUACUCUCUGCCACCGUCCUUCAGAUGAUGCUUUUUCCGCUGUUUCGAAAAAUUGAGCCCGGCAUUCCUGAGCGAGACGAAUCUCAAAAUGCAUAG